AAGCGAGGCUACUCUAUGAGGCACUUGUUUGUUUGGCAACAAACUCACGGGCCGAUUUUAGCCCAGAAUUUCAUCGUUCCCGGGGUAUUUUCCCUCCUGUUAGAAGUUGAAUAAUAAAGGGGAGACCAGGAAGUAUGCCACGCAAAACUCGCUCGGAGACGCAAUCCCCGGCCACUGAGCCACGGAGGCGUAGCUCUCGACUGGCAGCCCUACCUCAGACCUCCCCAGAACCCAAGCCAGUGUCUAGGGCACAGAAGACCCCAACCUCAGCCGAGAAGCCGGAACGUCGUGGACGCCCAGCAGGUUCUAUUAAGAAGACCCCAUCUCCUAAGAAGGAAACUAGGGGUCGAAAGCGCAAGGCACAGCCAGAGCCAACUCAGGAUGAAGAACCAGAGUCUAAGACUUCCAAGGAAGAUACCGAGGAGCUAGCGGAGGUGACACGGGAAGAUGAGAAGGCAGUAGCUGCAGGUGAUAGCAAGAAAGAAGGUGAAGAUGCACCUGAUGCUCAGAGUGAUGAAAAGAAUGGAAAGGCAGAGAAUGUUGACUCCAAAGAUGAAAAAAUGGAAACAAAUCAAGAUAAAGCCCAGACAUGCACAGCAACAGCUAAGACAGAGGCCCAGCCCACAGGACGGACCCCGGUCCACAAGAUGCCCAACCCGGUGGUCAAGAUCACAGCGGCAGAGAUUCCACAGAAGCAGACCUCUGCCCCAGUAACCCAGGAGGUCAACAAGCCAGCAGCCAUGCCCGCAGCCCCACCACAGGUGAUUAAGGCUACACCUGCUCCUGCAGCUGCUCCGCCUACCGUCCAGCCCAUGGUGGCCCAAUCACCCCCUAAAAUGCAAACAGUUCAGUCAGUCCCGAAGCCGCCCAUGGCCACUUUGGAGACUUCACAGGCCAAAGAACCAUCUGCCCCCUCCCGGACAGAGGCCGAGACAUCAGCCCCUGCCCCUGUGGUUAUCACAUCUCCAGUCGUAAUUCCAGUUGAGAGUAUGAAGCCGGUAACUCAGCCAGAUCCAAAGCCCCAACAGCAGCCAGAAGUAGUGGUUGUCGACUCCAGUGCACAGAAGGUAGAUGAAUCUGUCACUGAGAAAGUUGUUUCUCCUCCUACAACGGAAAGUGUCGAGGCUACAGCAGUCAGUCUUGCUCAGGAGCCUACCAAGCAACAGCAACAACAAACAGUAGCCCCACAAACGGAGGUUGGACAGAGCAUGGCUGCCGGACAAGUUGACCUUCCGUCGGCCCACCGCAAGUGCCCACCGUCACUGCCGCCACUGCAAUUCCUUACAAAGCCCGAAAUUACGAUCACGCCGGCGUCCGAUGCCGAGCCCAGCCCAACUCCUGGUACCCCUGGAGGGGCGGAGCUAGAUGAGUCUGAGGAGAAGGUGACUGAGAAACCUGUUGAGGAACCAACCAAAGAACAGGAUGUACCAAAUGACGCUGCCCCCUCAGAGAGCAUCGAUAGCCUGAAAAAAGAUGCUGUACAGCACGACGGUAUGAACAAUGGUGAGAGCGUGGCCCCUGCUGCUGCUGCCGUGGCUGUAUAAGCUCCCUGUUCAGGCCCGCAAUUACGUUGAAUAUUCAGUAAGUGUAGGAAUACUCAGUUGACUGUAUGAAUAUUCAUUGGAUUUUUAUGUAAAUUACGAUGACGCCAGUCAGAGAUCAGUGAAUCCUCCCACAAUAUUCAUGUUUUGAGAAAGAACGAAUUUAUUGAAAAUUUUGUGAUUUUUAGAGGUUUUUAAAGAAAAGAAUGGAGGUUUGAAGAUGUCAGUUUGAGCACCAUGUCAUUAAUCUCAUAUCUGUUGGUAUUUGCUUUCUCAUAACCUUUUUACAUGUUGAAAAUCAUUCACUGUUUUGGAACCACAGGCUCAUUGCGACCAGCUUCAUGUAAAGUAAUAUGGUUGGUGGCAGAAUUUGAUCAUCCUGAGCCCUACAGAAUCUUGAACCUCCUAGUAGAUUUGUAAAAGAAUCUGGAAGGGCCAGGAUAGGGUAUGUUUAAAGGUUUUCAAUGAAGAACUCAUCAGACCUGCAACGUUUAUGAAGGGAUUUCUAGUUUUGGAGUAAUUUCCACCUCACAGCAAAGUCACAUGUACAUUACAUUUAGGGGUUACAAGUUAAAACUGAAAACAAAUGUUAAUGUUUAUAGUCUUAAUGACAUGGUUUUUCUGUCCACGGACACCUCCGAUGAUAUUUUUAUUCAAUUAUGUAAAGUAGGGAUUUAGCUAGACUUUUGUGUUUUUCCAUUUCCAAGUGGGCUUUUGAAUGAUAAUCUGUUAUGUCUGCUAGGUGUAUACAUGUGCUCCAUAGUUGUUGUUAUUCUUCUGCAAAUGGAGUAUAAAAUAUUGAAAGAUAGUGUUAGAAAGAAGUUAGACAGCCCUGAAUAAAUAAAUGAGAGUCUUGGAUAUUCAGGGUAGGUAAUAUUGAUAUUUGUUACCCUGUUUGGGAAUCAGAUAUAACUAUAUUGCAAACAUCUCAGACCUUAUGUUACACCCACUUGUUUCGUGAUUGCCCUCAAUGAAUGAUCUACAUGAAUGUGUUAAUUGAAAGAGUUUGAACUCCUUGGGACCCGGUUGGGAAGUCCAUGUGCAUGUCAUAAGCUUACACUUGCUGCAUGUGGAACCUCAGAGGUGUGCACUGUUGGUUGGGUAUGAACCAUCUACCGUGUUCAUGACUUGAAGGGUGUUUCUGAAAGGUGGUAGAGAAAAUAACAGUGAGGGGCAGUGACUGUGGUGGAAAGGUGAUCUCAAAUAUUGACUUGAUGUCUGCAGCGCAAUCAAAUUACUGAUUUAUUUGGCUGUGUGUGCCACUUCGUCCUCACUGAAAACACUGACAUUGCAGGUGGAAACAGUUCAAAGUGUUUCCUUUUUUUUCAAGAUUAUGUCACCCUUUCCACACUGAAUUACCCAGCGUGUGUAAAUGUUUACAUGCAUAUUAUUUGUCAGAACAAAUCACCUGGGCAUAAUAUAUGGCUAGAUCACUCUCAGAGCAGCUUGAAGAAACAUCUCUUCUUCCUGUGUCACAGGCAGACUUCGAGCAGUCCUGGCCAUUUGCAAGCUCACGUUGCACAAAGAACAUUAUGUUGUGAUUAUUAUCCCAUCAGUUCAGAGAACGUCCUGUUAUCAGUGAUCAAGCUCUUGUCACAGUGAGUUACAGGUAAACACAAAAUGUUAAAAUGCUGCAUGCACAGAAACCACCCCUGUUCCAUGCUACACGAGCAACUUGAGAUAUGCCACGAUCUUUUGAUGACUCUGCCACGUAAGUGACAGCCUUGAAGUAAAUCACUCAAGUUAACAAGUGUCAUACCUUGAUGGGGUAGGGCCUUACGUACGUGUAAUUGUAUAUACAGGGCAGCAUUGACAGGUUUUGUCUUUUAUAGCUACAGUGGUAAGCAGAGAAAAAUGUUGGAAUGAACAGGCAUAUACAUGUAUUUAGCUAGCACUCUGGCUGUAGAUAUAGUGCAGUUUACAGCAUGCGAUCAUCAUGUUACAGAAUUUAGCGGCUGAUGCUGUUUUGUUGUCAAUAUACAUGUAUAAUGUGGUGUCAUUGCUUAAAAGUUAGGUCUCCGGGGUCUAGUUUCCUGUUAGGUGCUGUGUUGUACAACAGCCAUAGUGUGAGUGCAGCGUCCUGCCCAUAGGAUCAUGACUGUGCCAGGUCUUGGCUUGGCCCGGCAAUAGCAAACACACCUUUGGAAGUUAGCAGGCCAGUGACUGCAGCAAUUUUCUGACUGUGUUUAUGCCAGCCGUAGCCAUGAGUUAAAGAUGUAGCCGGGCUCCUAUCAGGCUUGGUGGCCUGUCCAGUAUUUGGCUGGGUGUCUGUGUAGUAGAAGGCUAUCACACCAGUAGGUCGUCACGAGAUUUCAAGAGUAUGACAGUGUGAGAGGAAAUUGCCAAAAUUUGUCAUUAGUGUGUUCAGAUUCAUUUUGUUUUAACAAGGGGUUUUACUUGUCCAGGAAGGCUCAUGCCUGAGUUUGGUAUGCUUAAAUAUGACUGUCGAGAAAUUAUUACAUCUUUUUUAAUUUGGGAAAGAGGUUAUCUACCAUUUUUUUCAGGCACUCAGAAUGUGUUGAAGGACCAUUUCUUAAAACCUGCAAAGUGUUUAUAGUUGUAAUUCCUCCUUAACUUCAGAAAAGAUGUCCCGACUGCAUCAUUAACCUGUACCAGGGUAUUUGUUAAUAGUCACGGUAACAUGUUUUAGAGGGAUCGAAGAGUGGUUGUAGCUCGAAGGCAACUUCAAGUUGGUCACACAUCUGGUUCCAACGUCUCAUCUCUAGCUCGUUUAUGUGCUCUUCAAUAUUUUACAGUGAGUGACGUUUAUCAACUUACACGUGUAAGGGUGUGUGUGUGCACCCAAAACAGGGUCCCGUUUUUGGAUCUGUGUGUUGUAUAGGAGCUCUCUAAAAGCUGUCAAAAAUUUCCUUUGACUCUAAACGUGGAGGCUGGCAUAGCUCUCACUUGUUUCAACAACUCAUAUGAUCAUUGCCAUUUUUAAAGCACAGUCACUACUCGAUUGUGUUUUACAGCGUCUACAACAAUCGGCCGAUUGAAGGGCAAAAAAUUGAAGAAUAUAUUUUUACCGACUAACUGCAUUUAGCGAAUAUUGUGCCCGUCUAUUUUUAGACUGUAAAAAAUCUGUUUUUUCUCUCUUGUCCUGACUUCUUAGUUUCCUACAACCUGUGCGUGUAUGCACAUGCAGUGUAGUCAGUUAAGUGUAAGGUGAAUUGCAAUUACAAUAGUCUACAUGUAUAAUAUGUGAAUUCUAAUACGCUCGUCAUAAUUAUACUAUAUGGGUUUUCCUUGUCUUUUCAUUGCCUUGGGAAUAUGAAACUUGAAUUGUUUGAAUGAGUUACCACGUGGAACCCCCCCUUCUGUGCUUGUUUAGCGCCUUGUACGAAGUACGCAAUGUUGUGUGUGGCGUGUUGAUAGUCUCCCGAAUUGACAGUAUAAAUUCCAUUUUAAAAGAAAAGGGUUUUUGCAGCAGAGGAAAUCCAUUGGGAAAUGAAUCGGAACGCAUCGGUUGCAAUUGCUGUUUAUUAGUUUGUGGUACAAAAAAUGGUUUGAUUGCAAAUAUUUAAAUAUAACUAAAUUUUGGAAGGAAGUAAUUUAAAAGGCUGUGUAUAAAUCUCACUGAUAACAAAGCUGAGUUGAUGGAUGUACGUUGUUUUGUUGUGAGCCACAUUUACGGUAGACCCCCACCUUCCGUGGGUUUCUGAGUGAACUUCUGACGUCACUUACAUGUCAUUGAUCAGCUGUUUAGCAGCCACUUCGAGGAAAUAAAAUACGUUGUACAUUUAACUUGCAGUGUCUUUGGACCCACCAAGUGGCGUUAGAAUUCCCUUCAGAGAAAACUAGACUUCCGUAUAAAACACUUAAGCUUUGGUCCUUUUUAAUCUGUACAUUGGCUUUCCAUCAAUACUCGCUCAAGAAAUAGUUGAUGUGCAUCCAUUUUUCUAACUAAAUAAACCACAUGAAACAGAUUGUCUCUAUUCUCCCUUAAAAGCUGUAAAUUCAAAUUGCGUAUGAACUGUAGAAUACAUUUAAAUUUUCCCUGUCGAAGAAUCUUUCUGUGUUGUUAGACUGUCCUUUGACAAGGGAACAGUUGGAGAAUCGCUUUGCUAAGCUUUUGGCACACGUGAUAUUCUUAUUUUUGAGCUUGCUUUCAGACCAAAACAGAACUGAACUCAAUUCUGCUUUCGUUUAGUUAAUAAAAGAGAAGGAUUUGAUCUGUGUUUGA